UUUUCUUACGAACAAAGCUAUGGCUUAUGGACUCCACUGUCUUGCUGUUUUACUUUUGUACCUCUGUUUACAAUGCAACCAAGGGACAGCAAGGCCUCUUCCAGAAUACAUAGGCCUGGGCCUAUCAGAGCAGUCUGAUUGGAAAAUCUUGUCACCAUCAUCUUUCAUUGUGGAUGCAGCCAGUGCUCUUGGUAAAAGCACAACUAAACAGACCGAUGACCAGCAAGACAGGGAUUCAGUCUUAACUUUCGAGGAAGCCAGUGGUUACAGUGGUCACAUUAAAGGCGGAGAAAAGAGACUUGAACAGGCUCUUUGGGCUGAGUUCUUGGACUCUAGUUCAGGUGCAAGCAGCCAAAGUGAUAUUGAGAUUGUGGAUAUUGAGGGGUCAGGCGAGAUUGAAGAUGAUGCUGCUGCAUCGUACACUGAGAUGACUGACGCCUUUUACAGAGACGAAACCGCCCAUGUCAUCUCUGAAUCUGUGCCAACAACUCGAGGUAACGAUUCUACAGUGAAGACCUCCCCUAUAGAUGAGAUUACUGAAUCUCUCAUUUUGGUCCCCACCACAACCGCACAACCUCAAGGGGAUUGCUUAGGCCAAUGUGACGAUUCUACAGUGAAGACCUCACCUAUAGAUGAGAUUACUGAAUCUCUCCUUUUGGUUGCCACCACAACUACAGAACCCAAAACACAAAUAUCUCCCCCAGCUUCUUGGAGUGCCAUCAAAGAUUAUGUGGACUCUUCAGCAUCAGGUGAUGGUUCAGAUCUUGACACUGAUGAUUUAGAUGAGAAUACACCUACUGUUGCUGAGACUCAAGUUACUUUUCAAGGUGCGACUGUACUAGACAGACAAGAUGUACCAGCUGAGGGGAAUAGCACCAUACCUGUACCAGGUGCCUAAAGCAGAUGUUGGAAGUUGAACUCAUCACUAUGGUGGCACAGGCUAGCAUUUAUGGCCAGGAUGAUGAAUAAUUAGUAGAUGAUGUCAGGGCACCAUUAAAAUUUGUGACUUAGA